GUACGUGGGGAACCUGUCCAGGGACGUGACUGAGGCUCUGAUCCUCCAGCUCUUCAGCCAGAUAGGACCAUGCAAGAACUGCAAAAUGAUCAUGGAUACAGCUGGAAACGACCCGUACUGCUUCGUGGAGUUCUACGAGCACCGGCACGCGGCCGCGGCGCUGGCUGCCAUGAACGGCAGGAAGAUAAUGGGUAAGGAGGUCAAGGUGAACUGGGCCACCACCCCCAGCAGCCAGAAGAAAGACACCAGCAACCAUUUCCACGUCUUUGUCGGAGACCUCAGUCCAGAAAUCACAACUGAAGAUAUCAAAGCAGCUUUUGCUCCCUUCGGAAGGAUAUCGGAUGCACGGGUGGUCAAGGACAUGGCAACAGGGAAGUCUAAAGGCUAUGGCUUCGUCUCCUUCUUCAAUAAGUGGGACGCGGAGAACGCGAUCCAGCAGAUGGGUGGGCAGUGGCUCGGGGGAAGGCAGAUCCGAACAAACUGGGCCACGAGGAAACCUCCAGCUCCAAAGAGCACGUAUGAAUCAAACACCAAACAGCUGUCGUACGACGACGUGGUCACCCAGUCCAGCCCCAGCAACUGCACCGUGUACUGUGGGGGGGUGACCUCGGGCCUGACAGAGCAGCUGAUGCGCCAGACCUUCUCCCCCUUCGGGCAGAUCAUGGAGAUCCGAGUGUUCCCGGACAAAGGUUACUCCUUCGUGAGGUUUAAUUCCCAUGAGAGUGCAGCUCAUGCCAUCGUCUCCGUCAACGGGACAAGCAUCGAGGGCCACGUGGUGAAGUGCUACUGGGGCAAGGAGACACCAGACAUGGUCAGCCCCGUGCAGCAGAACCAGCUGAGCUACCCCCAGCCCUACGGGCAGUGGGGGCAGUGGUAUGGCAGUGCCCAGCUCGGGCAGUACGUGCCCAACGGAUGGCAAGUUCCUCCCUACGGCGUCUACGGCCAGGCCUGGAGCCAGCAGGGAUUCGGCCAGACCCAGUCGUCAGCAGCGUGGAUGAGUCCCAGCUACAGCGUGCAGGGCCCCAGUGGCUGUGCUGCCCACCUGCCCACCCAGCCUGGCUACCGCGUGGGCUACGAGACCCCCUGA